CACAUUUUAAUGCAUUGUUGAACUCUUUGACAGCUGAAAAAAACCUGGAGUUAAAGCAACUAGAAGCUACUUUUUGAGAGGAAUUAUGAGACACGUGGAGCUGUGAUUUUGUUUACCAAUUGACAGCUGACAAGUCAGGAGGAGAUGGAGAACAAGGCGAUGUAUCUGAGCACGUAUGAAGAGAGAGAGAGCGGCUCCAUGUAUGAAGAGGCCUACGAUGGACACAACCUGUCCAAGCUCAACCUGUGUGAUGAAGGUUCUGGAAAGCGUCGCAGGAAGCAGGAUCAGUGCUGUGCUCACCUGAACUCCCUCUCUGCCAUCAAGUACGCCAUCGUCUCCCUCUACAUCCUGGUACUUCUCACCAUCUUCGGACUCUGCUUGGCAGUCUCUCGUUCCCAGGUUUCCUCUCAGCACCAGCAGGUUCUGAUGGAGAACGUGACCCGGAUGUCGGAGCGCUCUCAGCGGCUGCAGCAGACUCUGGGCGAGCCGUCCACCCAGGCCGACCUGCUGGAGAACAUCUGGAAACUGGAGAACCUCUUCCAGAACCACAGCGACUGGCUGCAGAGGCUGGAGAUCCUCAUCAAGGGCCUGGAGGUGGAGCUGAGGAACCUCCAGUCUAACUCCCUUCAGUCGGAGGGCUACCUGGUGCAGCUGGACGACAGGUUGUCCUCCCUGAGCAGCUCCACCGGGAGGAACCUGACGAGCCUCAGUGUGGAGGUGACCCGAGCCUCCACCUGGCUCCACGACCAGGACCUCUUGUUCAGGGAAGCCUCAGGUCAGGUGAGCUGGCUGAGAGAGAAACUGGACGAGGUCAACUGGACGGUGGGAGCUGUCAAUCACACCUUCAGCAAUGACAUCAGUAUUCAUCACCUGAAGAUACAAGACUUACAGAUCCAGAUCAGCAACAUCACAGAGGACACCAGCAGCCUUUGGGUGACCCACGUCCACACGGAGGCCGAGCUGAGGAACGAGAUGGAGAUCCUGAACACCAUCACAGAGGACCUGCGUCUGAAGGACUGGGAGCACUCCCUGGCUCUGAAGAACUUCACCAUAUUCGAAGGUCCUCCGGGUCCAAAGGGAGAUAAGGGAGAUCCUGGGAAGGCAGGACCCCCCGGGGCUCCUGGACUGACAGGAUUGAGAGGGUUCACCGGAGAAAAAGGGAUGAUGGGCAGCCGGGGAAUUAAAGGCUCUGUCGGAGUCGACGGUUUCCAGGGAGAGAAAGGAGACAUCGGACAACCUGGUCCCAGAGGCGACAGAGGAGAGAGAGGGUUCAGGGGGGAGAAAGGGGAUCGAGGAGACCGAGGAGAUAAAACGGGAACACGAUACAUGUGCAGCAGAUAUGAUGUGGAGGAGACGCUGGUGCGGCUGGUGAACGGGUCGGGUCUUCAUGAAGGUCGCGUGGAGGUUUUCCACGAGCGUCGCUGGGGGACGAUCUGUGACGACGUCUGGGACCAGAAGGACGGAGACGUGGUGUGCCGGAUGCUGGGAUACCGAGGAGCUGCAGAGGUCCAUAAGACAGGACGCUUCGGACAGGGUACCGGUCUGAUCUGGAUGGAUGACGUCGCGUGUGCCGGGACUGAAGACACCAUCCACCAGUGUAAGUUUUCCGGCUGGGGAAAAACCAACUGCGGCCAUGUGGAGGAUGCUGGAGUCACGUGUGCCGUCUAAAACCUUUACGAUCACUCCUGUAGAGGCAAAGUGACCCCCCCCCAAAAAGUGCCUUAAACGUUGAAGGAGCUCCAAGAUGCACAACAUUACCCGCAGAGUGUGUUACGUGCAAAAGACAAUGACACACCUCUACGUCGAACUACAUUUUUUUUUAGAAGUUCACGAUGGGAUUGUUUUAGCAGGACUGAAUCACAAGGGCUAAAGAAAAUGCAACACUUUUCAAACUGUCAGCGACCGUGUGAGCUGGAGACGAUCGCAUGACAGGACUCUUCAUCAGACUUAUUGCAGAGUUCAUCUGUCUUCAAUGGAGGCCAAAGGUCAGCUUUAACAGCGUCUAUCUGCCCCCAGAGGAUCGCAGGGGUCAUGUUUGAUGUUUUGACUUCAAGUGUGGAUUAGAAGCUAAUACAACAACGCCAUCACCCCCGAGUCCUCAUUCGUCUCCAAGGUUCGGAGGAGUUGAAACGAACGGCACAUAAAGAAACUGACAGGACAGAGUCGAUCACAAACUCACUUUCCAUUUACGAGCAGCUGCUCUUCACAGUAUUAUAUGGCUGUCAAGCUAUACUAAACACACAGUGUUGCCUUAUUAUUCAUUAUAUAUCAUUUCCUAGGAAGCAAUCUUUUGAUGGUUUGCAGGUCAAAGCUUAAUAGCCACCAUUUACAUCGAGUGUUACUCACAAAAUGCAUUGUGUGUCCCCUUUCUACUUCUUCGUAAAACCUUUGCAAAGCAGGUUAAGUAUGAACAUUUUUAAUCAUGCUUUGUCAACAUCCAGGUUUUAUGGAGCGGGCUUCUUCUUCCUUGGCUUUGUUGGCAAAAUGCUAUAUUUUGCGCUUUACCGCCAAUAACUGACGAUCAGAUUAACAGUGUCAAACAGCUGUGACUCAAAUCGGACGCCACUUGUAAAACAUUAGGGUUACUAGUGGUAAAAUACUCCACAGUGCACCUCUUUCUAACCUAUAUGUGUACAUGUUAUACACAGAAGUAUUACCUACAGCAGGGGUGUCAAACUCAAGGCCCGGGGGCCAAAUCCGGCCCGCGUCUUCAUUUGAUGUGGCCCCACAAGAGCUUGCAAAGAAUAUAAUAUGUUUAUUAUACGGUUACAUGCUACU